AAUUCUUCUACGUCUCUCUCUCUGCAAUUACUCUUUGAGAGCAUCUCUCUCUAGAAUAUUGAGUAUUGCUGACUUGAGCGUCGGAGUAUUUUAUUUGAGGAAACAUCCUCGGGAUUUUUAGGUGUAGAAGCAACUGAAGACUUCAAUAGUGUUGGAUUGUGAAGCUACCCAAACAUUUGGCGUCGUCUGUGGGAACCUUGAACAGGAAGUUGUGUAGCUUAACUUGCUGAAAGAUAAGGUGGGAGAUUAAACGUACAGCGACCGAACUAAUGCAGGUUCAUCAGAAAGAGGGAGAAUCUUUGAGGGACUACAUGCAACGAUUCAACAAAACUACUUUGGACAUUGAUAACGUCCUCGAUACUAUCUACUUAUCUGCCUUGCUGCAUGGUUUGAAGUCUAGCCGGUUUCUAGACGACCUGCUGGAGAAUCCACCUAAGUCGUGGAAUGAAGUAAAUGACAGGUCAGCAAGCUUCAUACUGUCUGAAGAUUUUCAAUCUUCCAAGAGACGAGCUGAUGAUAGACAGGAUACAGCAUUGGGUCAAGAGACCCCCUCCUCAACGCACGAUCCUUCACGAGCUGACAGAAGCAAAUAUUGUGACUACCACCGUGGAUACGGCCAUAACACAGAAGACUGUCAGAGCCUGAAGGACGAGCUUGAAUUCUUAGCUCGCAAUGGAAAAUGGGAGGGGUAUGUACAGAAGCCUUACGUUUGGCAACCCACCCAAACCCAUUUUGUGCAAGAGUACGGCCGAUCUCAAGCACUGGGAUAUCAGUUCGAUAACAAUCCAAAUCUUUACCAGGCGGGUCAAUACUCAUCUGAGCCGAACAAAGCAUACAGGGGACGCCCAUUCAAUAGGCGCGGGCAAGCACAGAAAGGAUCCACGCAAAAUCAAAAGGACCACAAAGGGGUUGGAUACAGUGGGAUACCUCCGCCAUCUGGCACAAUUAACAUGAUCUCUAGCGGUAUGCACUCAGGGGGCCAAAGGGCCCGAGGCCGCAAGGCGUAUGCCUGCCAGGUGAUGACUGUUAAUAAGAACCGGCCUCUUAAGCUCCCAUUUGAAGAAGCAGAGUGGGAGAAUGCGCCCAUUACAUUCAGUUUGGCAGAUUAUAAGUGGGCAGACGGAGAGCCCGACAUUAUGAUGCCUCAUGCAGAUCCUUUUGUGGCAACGGUCCAUAUAGGCAAUCAUAACGUCAACAAGGUCUUCAUUAAUACUGGUAGCUCACCAGAUAUCCUUUAUUGGAGCUGCUUUCAGAAGAUGCAGUUAAAUCCGAGCUCGCUACAGAAGUAUGAGGGGCCCAUCUACGGAUUCAAUAAUCAACCCGUCCCGGUUGAAGGAGUCAUUACUCUACCUAUCUAUGUGGGCUUGGAACCGCACUUCAGGAUGGCUUCCAUUACCUUUUUGGUCGUCAAGAUGGAAUCAGCUUUCAAUGCUAUACUGGGAAGAGCCACACUCUGCGAGCUGAAGGUUGUCAUCUCACAACCCCAUCUCUGUAUGAAAUUCUCAACUCCUCAGGGGGUAGGAGUGCUUAAGGGGAACCAGAAGAUGGCCAGAGCCUACUACCAAGAUACUUUCAAGAAGGUUGAGCUUGUUGCAGCCCCAGCAGGUUCUUCUAAAAAUCACAGGCCAACCGAGCUCGGUCAACAGACAAUGAGCAUAUCAGAUAUCGAACACCGACCUGAAGGUGUCGAACAGAAGGUUGAGCCAGUUGAACCGGUGGAAACGGUCCCUUUAAACCCUGAUGUGCCAGAAAGAACAGUUAAGAUCGGCACCAAGCUCACAGAAGAAGAGCGAGCAGAGCUUCUGGAGUUUUUGAGGGUUAACCAAGAUGUGUUUGUGUGGACAACAGAUGAAAUGCCUGGCAUCCCAGCAGAAUUGAUCGUCCACAAGCUCAGGACGGACAUCACCAAAAGGCCGGUGGCAGGCUUCAUCAGGAGAGUAGAAUACUCUGAGUGGGUGUCCAACCUUAUGCUCGUCAAGAAACCAAACGGCAAGUGGAGGAUGUGUAUUGACUUCACCAACUUAAAUGAGGCGUGUCCAAAAGACCCUCAUCCCUUGCCAAAUGUGGAGAAGCUGGUAGAGCAGGCAGUUAGGCAUGAGCGGAUGAGCUUCCUUGACGCUAGCUCAAGCGCAACAUAUCAGAAGCUAGUGCACAUUAUCUUUAAGCUCCAGAUCAGUAAGAACAUAGAAGUAUAUGUGGACGACAUGAUAGUCACCAGUGUGCGAGCUGAGGAUCACAUAGACGACCUGAGUGAAACAUUUCAAAACUUGCACAGAGCCCAAAUGAAGCUGAAUCCCCUGAAAUGCACAUUUGCUGUAGAAUCAGGAAAAUUCCUAGGGUACGUGGUAUCCAAGAAAGGAAUUGAGGCGUUUGACGAGCUCAAACAAUAUCUGGCAUCAGCACCCCUGUUGUCUAAACCUGUGGAGGGGGAGAGUUUAUACCUGUAUCUGAGGGUUACAGAGGAGGUAGUAAGUUCGAUUUUACUCAGGGAAGAAAACAAACAUCAGAAGCCUAUCUGCUAUGUGAGCAAGGUUUUACAAGGCGUAGAGCAGAACUACCCAUUAGCAGAAAAGGCUGCUUUUGCCCUAGUAUACAUAGCUCGUAAGUUGAGAGCUUACUUCCAAUCCCAUCAAAUUGUUGUUUAUACCGAUCUGCCGUUGAGAAAGAUACUGCAGAAACCAGAACUCUCUGGUCGGCUUAUCGGGUGGAGCGUCGAGCUAAGUGAGUAUGACCUCAAGUUUCAGCCACGCACAACCAUAAAAGGCCAGGCUAUGGCGGACUUCCUAGUGGAGUGCAUCUCGACGACUGUGGAAGAAAGGGCACCCGAAUACCUAAGCAUUAAGGUGUUCAGUGAUUCUCAGCUCGUGGUGGGCCAAGUGAAUGGCAGCUGUGAAAUCAAAGAUCCUCAGCUUGGUCGUUAUGCCUCUGUGGUCAACAGAUUGAAAUCAAGAUUUGCCUCCUUCCAGAUCGACAAGAUACCCAGAGCGGAUAACCAACGAGCUGACGAACUAUCAAAAUUAGCCUCCUCACAAGAUAUCAAACCUCAGAGAUCAACAAUUGUCAAGGUACUUGAUGCGCCGAGCUACAUUGACUUUACAGUUGAGUGCCAAUUAUUAAGCACAGACCCCUCUUCGCCGAGCUGGACUACACCCCUUAUUGAGUAUCUGCGAACUGGCGAGCUGCCUGAAGAUUUGUCCGCUGCAAAGUUGAUUAAACGCAGGGUGACACAUUUCACUUUGUUGGAUAAUCAGCUUUACAAACGAGCAGCCUCAGUGCCCCUAUUACGUUGCCUUAGUCCUUAUGAAGCUGAAUAUGCUGUGAGGGAAGUUCAUGAGGGAGUAUGUGGCACGCACAUAGAUGGCAGAACUUUAGCUCGGAAACUCCUAAGGCAUGGUUACUACUGGCCUACUAUGGUUGAGAACGCACAGAACUAUGUCAAAAAGUGCCCGACCUGCCAGUUCAAUGCCGAUGAUAUUCACAUGCCAGGAGAAAUGCUCUCAUCACUCUCAUCUCCCUGGCCUUUUGCUCAGUGGGGAGUCGAUCUGCUCGGCCCUUUUGUUAAAGGCAAAGGAGGUUGCACCUACCUCGUUGUUGCGGUGGAUUACUUCACUAAAUGGAUAGAAGCCAAACCCUUAUCCACGAUAAUAAAGAAGAAAAUAGAGGAAUUUCUGUUCAAUUCAAUAUUAUGCAGGUUCGGUAUAGCUAAGCGGAUCAUCGCUGAUAAUGGCGAAACCCCAUUCAGCCUCGCCUAUGGAGCUGAGGUUGUCAUCCCUGUAGAAGUCAAAUUGCCAUCUGAUAGAGCAGAUCGGCACAACGACCAUCACAAUGAGCAACUUUUAAGAGAGAACCUAGACCUCGUGGAAGAGGUUAGAGAGAUGUCUCGAAUAAGAAACAUGGCGCAUCAAAGUCGUGUUGCAAAAUUUUAUAAUAAAAGAGUUCAAGCUCGUCAGUUUCAGGUCGACGAUUUGAUUUUACGCAAAGCGGGACUAACCAAUGCUUAUUCGCACAUGGACAAGCUCGCUCCUAAUUGGGAAGGUCCUUACAUGGUUAUUUGUAUUAAGCGACCUGGGUGUUAUCAAUUAGCAAAUUUACAAGGUCGCCCAUUACCAUUCAUUUGGAACAUACAUAACCUUAGAAAGUUUUACAAUUAACAUCUCGAUGUUGUUAUCUUAAUUCAAGUUAUUGUCAAAUAAAUGUAAGGGACAAUGUAUAGAACAGUACACAGCAAUAUACACAAGAAUUUCAA